AUGUUGAAGUUGUUCUCCGCGCGGGACGACGACAACGAAAGCCUCCUGGGGGGUGUCACAGAAGAUGAAGGAGACAACCCAUCUCUCUGUGACACCAAGCUGCCCUGGAUGAGCAGACCAUAUCUCCUCGUCCUCAAAGAUGCGGGAGACAUGUCCAAAUCAGGGCAAAUCAGACCAGAAGUCUCUCCUUCGAAGCCCUUCUCCGAUAAAACGGUCACUCCGAGUGUAGAAAAACCUCCUGCAAAGAUGCUCAAUGUGGAGGAAGGUGGCUGCAAGGUGACACCAUGGGUCGAAGGGCAAGGCGAGGAGUCUCCCAGCCCUCUAGUUCUGAGUUUGGCCGAGGAGGAGGGCAAGCUUAAGACUGUGCCUUCCAAGGAAGACUCGGUGAUUGAGGAGAAGGAGAUGGAGGAAUCCGAAGACUUCCAGAAUCAUCUUAAAGAUGUUUUGUCCAUUGGAGAAGAGGAGGGAAAAGCCUCCACGUCCUCGCCAGUCAAUCCUGACAAUGAGUCCGGUCCGGUCGGGAUCAUGAGCAAGGAGCGAUCUGACGCAUUGGGAGAGGUGGCUCCGGUCUGGAUCCCCGACGCCGAGGCCCACGUGUGCAUGAAGUGCGGCAUCAAGUUCACGUUUACCAAGCGGAGGCACCACUGUCGCGCCUGUGGCAAGGUGUUUUGUGCACUUUGCUCCGGCCUCAAGUUCAGACUUUCACAUCUGGACGGCAAGGAGGGGCGGGUUUGUGUUUCCUGUCAUUCAACUCUCAUUAAAAGCACAUCGCCGAGGGUGAGAAGGAGGGUGUGGUUCGCAGACGAGCUCCUGAUCCAAAAACAGUCAGAGUCCGCUCCCGCCACACCGGUCAGAGGGCCAGCUUUGCCACCUUUGAGGAGCCGAGCGGCACGCAGCGGGACUGUCAAAAGUCCGGGAGGGUCGCCACAGCUCAGGAGGGCCUCCAGACCACAUGGGGGUGCUAAUGAGGCGUGUGCUGCUCGAAAUUGGGGAACGUCUACUCUUGUGAGCAGCUCCUCUAACCUCAUCCCGCUCGAAGGCCUGCCGCCCAUCCUCACUUCCACAGGCGUCAAAGGAGAUUACACCGUAGAGGAGCAGCCCUCGGAGACGUUGCUCAUCCACGAGCUGGAGAGCGGCCGCUCCAACCCCUUGGUGUUUGUCCUUAAUGCUAAUCUGCUCGCCAUGGUCAAGAUGGUCAACUAUGUUAAUAGGAAAUGUUGGUGCGUGACCACCAAGGGGAUGCACGCUGUUGGCCAGGUGGAAGUGAUGGUGCUCCUGCAGUGUCUCCCAGAGGAGAAAAGCUUUCCUAGCGACAUCUUCAACCACUUUAUCCAACUGUAUAAGGACAGCCUCACUGGGAAGGUGAUCAAGCACCUGUCACUGUCCCUGUCCACCGGCUGCUUCCUGGGCAGUGAUGAACACGCGGGCUUCUUGUUUGUCCGUCCCACUCGUCAGUCCCUUCAGGGUCUUCCCCUACCCAGUCAGCCGUACCUCUUCGGUCUGCUGCUCCAUAGGGCCGAAGUGGUUUGGGCCAAGAUGUUCCCUCUCCGCCUCAUGCUGCGCCUAGGGGCUGAGUACAGAUUUUACCCUUGCCCACUAUACAGCGUGCGUUUUCGAAAGCCUUUGUUCGGAGACGUCGGCCACACAGUCAUGAGGCUUUUAGUGGAUUUUAGGAAUUUCCGUUACAGUCUCCCAAUGGUUCAGGGGCUCACCAUGGACCUGGAGGCUCAAAAAACCUGCAUAAAGAUACCGACGACAGGGUACAAUGAGUUGAUGAAAGCAAUGAACAAGUGCAACGAGCACGUGCUGGCUAUGGGAGCUUGCUUCAACGAGGAGGCCGACUCGCACCUCAUCUGCGUGCAAAAAGAUGACGGCCAGUAUCAGACGCAAGCCAUCAGUAUCCAUAACCAGCCCCGCAAAGUCACCGGAUCCUGUUUUUUCAUCUUCAGCAGUGCCCUGAAAGCAACAGCAGGUUACUUUGCCAAAUCCAGCAUCGUAGAAGAUGGCUUAAUGGUGCAAAUCACCCCAGAGACCAUGGCAGAGCUGCGCAGGUCUCUUCGGGAGAUGAAGGACUACGUCGUCACUUGUGGCCGUGUGGAUCGAGCGGACAGCCAGGAGCUUGUUUGUGUUCAGUGGGUGGAGGCCAAGUGCCUCCUCAAUAAAGGGGUUGUAAGUCCCAUUGAUGGUAAAUCCAUGGAAUCCAUAAGUAGCACAAAGAUGUUCCAGAAAUCCGAAUACAAAGAAAAUGGAAAGAUUAUCCACUGGACAGAGGUGUUCUACCUACAGCGGGCCGAGCCACCAAAAGGUAUAGCAGCUAACGCACCGGAACACAACCGGCUGACGGAGCGGAUAGCCAGAGCCUUUUGCUUGGCGCUGUGUCCGUACCUCAAACUACUCAAGGAGGACGGCAUGGCCAAGUUGGGCCUGCGUGUCACCUUUGACCCCCAGCAGGUGGGCUUCGUGGCAGGUAGCAACGGGCACCCUCUGCCCCCUCAGUACCUGAACGCCCUGGACACCACUCUCAUCCCCGUCAUCCAUAGCAGAGGGCGCAAGAGGGGCGACGAGCCCGUGGUGAUGGAGCUCAUCUUUUACAUCCUGGAGUACAUCACUUAA